AUGGCUGUUACUACCCGAUCGGCCACACGUGCCAGUGUAGUGAAGCCUAAGAAGACCAUAAGGAAACGCGUAUUAAAGAAACAGAAACAUUUGCCCGCCGUAAACAACACUAUCGCGAAAACAAACGGCAAAAGUCCAUCUCUAGCGAAAAUGCCACCCGGAUAUCUACAAUGGAUAUCGCUUAAAGAUCCAUCCAAUGGUGUCAUCCCUAAUAGCGACGAAAUCUUUACCAUCCUCCAAGAGAUACAAAAACUCCGUGAAUGCAUCGGUAUCGCCCGAGGCCGUCCACAUGGGCUAAGUGAUAUUGAGUGGUUGAUUAUCGAUAUUAACGAACUACUAGAGUGGAGAAGCAACAGAGACAGGGAAGAAUUCCUUACGUCGAAACUUUCACUCACACUUAAUGAAGCUCUUGCAUCUCGCCCAUGGAGCCAAGAAGUUGCCCCGCUGCUAAAUCCUAUUGGACAUAUCAUAGUCGCCAACUCAAUAUCUCUUCCACAAACAAUUUAUGAGGUCCUAACAAUCUAUUUCCCUACCGACUUAGAUCAGAAAACUAUCUCCUCUAUUGAAAAGUUUAGAGGACUACCUUGCUUUAACAUUGAACCUGAAAACCUACCUGAAAAUCCCUGGGGAGCGCUCGUAACCAACUUUCCUGUAAUGUGGAAAGAGGGGACCUGUGAGUAUCAGGGGAUCACUGCGAAGCGGUUGGUUUGGUUCAUCGAGUUUUUUAACAUGGAAGGGGAACGGAUCUUUAAAGAAAAGACGAGGAGGUAUAAUGCACGCGGGAGGCUAGUCUCGGACGUCAUGGGGGAUUUCUUUGGCAAAUUGGAGGAUCUUGGGAUGAUCGGGCAUGAAUCCAUACAUGUUUCAUUCUUGGAGGUGGUUCACGAUUUUCCGGAGAACUACGUAUCGGAGCAUUGCGUACCAGGGUCUCUUUUUCCUAGCUUCGGGAAAUUGCCACCAGAGUGUUUCGAAGAUUUUCCCGAUUUAUAA